UUUCAUAGCCUGCAAAUAUGAUUCCCUCUCCUCCUCCCAUUCAGUUGCAACUUCCAUUUCGUACUAUUUCUUAACAGAUUUCCCCUGCUGCUGCUUCCAUGAGCAUUCUUCUGAUCCACCCAUUUGACUAAGACUAAAAUUGGUUAGGUAAAUGAUGGUUUUGAUGAAGAUGCUAAGACCCCUUGUAGAAACCAACGCAUGGGACUACUGCAUUCUAUGGAAGUUCGGUGAUGAUCCUUCAAGUUUUGGGAGUAAUUGUUCAGGUGUAUUGAAUGGAUGGGGUGCUGUUGUAGUGGUAGCCAAGGUGUUUGUAGAAAUGUCAAAGAGGAAAUGGAGCUGCUGCAUGUUCCUUACCUUUGCAGAGAUGUAUACGUUAAACACUCCAUAAGGACCAGUGCUUGUGAAAAACUUGCCAUGAUUCCUUCUUCUUUGUCAUUGUUUCAUGGAAUCCAUGGAGAAGUAGCCGUGUCUAAACAGCCAAUGUGGCUAAGUAAUGAUUCAAUUGGAACUCAGAUUGUAGUGCCUGUUGAAGGUGGUUUGAUUGAGCUUUAUAGAUCAAAACAUAUUCCCGAAGAUCGAAUGAUGAUAGAGAAUCUUAUUUCACGCUUGGGUGUCAUUGUGGAUCAUGGAUUACAUGUCGACGAGUCGAAAAAUUGUCUGAGUUCAUAUCUUUAUCAUCACACUGGCCCUACAUCCGAGCUCCUUUUUGCGGUUCCACAACCGACCACUCACUCUCUAACACAAGGGGAUGAUAAAGCCUUUAAGAAAACUAAGAACAAGAAAGUUAGAGGUUCGAAAUACAAAUCAAAGAAUCUUGAUGCUGAAAGAAACCGAAGGCAACGUAUCAAGGAUGGUCUCUAUACUUUACGUGCUUUGGUCCCCAAAAUCUCUAAGAUGGACCACGCUUCAAUAGUUGGAGAUGCAGUUGACUACAUAAUAGAUCUGCAAAAGAAUAUAAAGGAUCUCCAAGAUGAGCUUAAAGAACUAGAAGAACAAGACUGUGAGGUUAAUGAUGAUGAAGUGGAGGUGGAAGUGGAGGUACACGAGAUUGGUGCUCGAGAGUUUUUGCUUAAGCUAAUGUGCAGCUACAAACCAGGUCAGUUUCUGAGGAUAAUGGAAACCGUUGAUUCCCUAGGACUUGAAGUGAUCGAUAUCAAUAUCACCACAUGUAAUGCCAGCGUCUUGAACGUUCUUAAUCUCAAGGCUAAAGAUAAGGACGUUGCGGCCAAGAGUUUGAGAGACUCGUUGCUUACAGUUUGCUCGAUUAAAGCUAUGUAAAAGAACUCCUUGAUGGCAACUAAGAAUCACUUAUGGCUUUUGGUUUAGUGUCAAAAACCAAGAUUUUGGGCUACUUGGUUAUAUAGUUAUACAAGUACUAGAAACAAGAAUGCGAACACUAAUGAUAUAUUAUAGUUGCAUACCACAAGAUUAUUAAUAUAGACCGGAUUACUAUUAGUGAUGAAA